GAGUGAUCAGCGCUGUAACUGUUUCUCUCAUUCUCUGCUUCAAUCGGUAACAGGGGCUUCUGCAAGCAAACCUGAACAAAUACAAGAUCAUGAAGGAUCUCUGACCUGGAUUUUGGACUCCAACCACUACCACCACCACCAUCUUUGUCCAUCUGUAAUGUUUGAAAGCUUUUUGCAGAUGGACCACAGACAGGGUUGAGAACGUCUAAACUGAAUAUAAAGCCCGGAAUUCAGUCGAUGCUGGUUUGACCGGACAUUUGAGGGACUUCUUGUUCUCAGUUUUCACUUUGCCCGGGUUUUUUGGAAGAAGUGAGUAUGAAUCCGCUGUGGAAAGUGUACAAGAGCAAGGUGAUGAAGACCCUCAACCCUGACGCAGAGGAAGAGCCUGCUGAAGAGGUGUGUGAGACACCAGAGGAAAUGACUCCAGUCCAGCAUGAUGAAGGACCCAGUGCUGUGUCUCAGCUGGCGAAAAGAGUGCAGGGCGUGGGGACAAAGGGCUGGAAGAGCGUGGCCGCUCUAUUUAAUAAAGAUGAUGAGCACCAGCUCCUGGAGUCUGAGACUGAGAGUCAGCCUGUUCCGGACCACCCACUGGCGAUGAAGCCAGAAGAGCCGACGCGACCCAACAAACGCAACACAGGAUUCUGGGAUGCCUUUGCCACCAAGUGGAACCAGGCAGCGGCUAUGAAACAGGCUGAAGCAGCGGAGGCAGCCGGUGAGGGUGGAUCCGAUGGGACGAGUCAGGAAGAAGGGAAUCAGGCAGGAGCGGAGAACACAGUGGGAGAGGAUGGAGGUGGGCAGGGCAACAGCUUCUCCAGAUAUGCCUCUCUGGGCGGGGCCAAUGAUGAUGCAUCUGCCUUUAAAUGGAACUUUGUGACCACCAAGCUGGCAGAGCUGAAAAGCAAAAGCAUGACCAAGAGCAACUAGCCAAUGACAUAAGAGGACACCAGAGACAGAAAAUGAGAAAAGGAUGGAAUUUUGUCUGUAUCUGGAUUGGUUGCUCUCUUUGAAUGAACCUGAUUAAUCACAAUCUCCUCUUUGGCUUCCAGCUUUACUUGAUAUACUGCUGCAUGACACACACUCUUCAGGGACUUAUGCACAACAGGCACUAUUCAAGCUACAAUCUUACGUCUAACAUGUUGUACAAUCACAAUAUUUUCCUGAUGGCAAUUUUUCUCUGUAGCAUAAGAAACAUCCCCGUUAUUUUGCACUAUAAGUAUAAUCUAGUUUAGUUUUAUUCCUGCUAGCAUUUCUAUGGAUUCUUUUCCUUCAAACCAUCUCCCAGACCUGAAUAACAUAACUGUAAGUCCAUCAUCUUGAACAAGUCAUCAUAUAAGAAGUCAUCAUGUUCUUUAUACCUUUAUUAUUUCAUUUAAUCAGUAGCUACAGUCUUAUCACUGCUGCUAUGAUAAUGCUAAUUUCUGCUAGUGCAGAUAAAGGAUUUACACUAACAUGUUUUGCUGCAUUAUAUUGUACUCAAUAAUUAGAAAAAAUAUGAUAACUGACUUAGAAUUAUUCAUUACAAUAGAAUGAUGAUAGAAUGAUUACAUCAUUUGAGCACAACUGAAUGUAACAUUAUCAUCAAGCUAAUAUAUAGUAGUGUCUAUUUACCAGAUCAACAAGCUAACUCCAGUAAUUUCUGAAUUAGCAUGCCUAUAGUAAACACAUUUACGAAUAGACAUAUUCAAAUUAGACAAAAGCAAAUGCUGUAUAAGUCAAAAUACCUGCUUCACGGCAAAUAACAUGAUAAUGUAACAAUAUAAAUGAGGUUACUAUUGGUAGACGGGCACAAAGGAUGCACUUUUGUCUAGGAGGAAAAUAGGAACAUGUGAGUUCUGAUUGUUUUCUGCUUGUCCUAGUUCCUGUCUGGCUUCUCCUAAAUUCAGUUUGGUUAAAUAUAUGACACCAGACUCAGAGUUUCUUUGUGUGUGUGUGUGUGUGUGUGUGUGUCUGUGUGUGUGUGUGAGAGAGAGACCUUCAGACAAACCCAAAUGCCGAUAUGUGUGAACAUUUGGGGAAUGUUGUUGUCCUAAUGGUGCCUGCUGUAAGCUGUUUGCUCUCUUGUUUAUUUUUGUUGAAUGGGUUAUUCUGUUUCAUUCAUUCACCUUUCAACAAAAAAUACUGCAAAUAAAGUCCA